ACCUCUCUCUGUCUCUUUUCUUUCUCUCCCUCUCUCUCUCCCUCUGUGCAGUUGAUAUCAACAAUAUGGAAUCCAAGAAUUACACACAAAGUGCACAAUUUCUUCUUUUGAGAUUUUCAGAAGAUCCAGCACUGCAGCCUUUACUGUUUGGAAUUUUCCUAUCCAUGUACCUGGCCACUGUGUUAGAGAACCUGCUCAUCAUACUGGCCACAGUGUCAGACUACCAACUGCACACAUCCAUGUACUUCUUGCUCUCCAACCUUUCUUUUGUGGACAUUGGUUUCACCUCCACCACAGUACCAAAUAUGCUGGUGAACAUCCACACACAGAGCAAGGUCAUAAGAUAUAAAGGCUGUAUCGCUCAAGUGUAUUUUUUCAUACAGUGUCUAAUGUUGGACAAUAUUCUGUUGACUGUGAUGUCCUAUGACCAUUACAUGGCCAUUUUCCGCCCUCUGCAUUACACGGUCAUCAUGGACCCCAAGCUCUGUGUGUUGCUGGUUCUAGCAUGUUGGAUGCUGAGUGUCCUAAAUGCCCUGCUACAAAGCUUAAUGGUGUUAUGGCCGUCCUUCUGUACUGACUUGGAAAUCCCACAUUUUUUCUGUGACCUAAAUCAAAUAGUGCACUCUGCCUGUUCUGACACCUUUCCUAAUGAUGUGGUGAUAUAUGUUACCACUGUGCUACUGGGUGGUGGUCCCCUUGUUGGCAUUCUUCACUCUUAUUUUAAGAUAGCUUCCUCCAUACAUGCAAUCUCAUCAGCUCAGGGGAGAUAUAAAGCAUUUUCCACCUGUAUGUCUCAUCUGUCAGUUGUCUCCUUAUUCUAUGGCACAAGCCUAGGUGAGUAA